GAAAUGACUCGAAAUCAUACAUUUACUAUUAUUUUAUUUUAUUUCAAAUGUCACGUUGUACAACUUCUGACAUAGAAACGCAUCUAGUUCAAGUGUCUUCGGUUGUUUUUUCCCCCGUGGUUUUAUUGCCAUCUAGCGGAGAACCUAAGGUGCCACUAGAAAUUAGUUUUGAUUGGUUGCGAGGUACUUCCGUGUACAUCCGCCAGCCAAUCAAAUGGCUUAUACUCCAGUUUUUUGAACCUCAGCAUUUUAACCGUCAGGCGCGACAAAUAAGUUGACUGUGUCUGUGAGUUACUCGAUCAAAUAAACGGAGCGGUUUAGUAAAACGUGUUCCAUUGGCAAGCUCAUUUGUUUUAGCUGAAACAAGAAAAAUGGAAUUGGAUUCCAUGAAAUAUGCCGAAUUGCGCAGCCUUGCAAAGGAGGUUGGGCUCAAAACCUCAAAACUGAAGGCUGAUAAGCUUCUGAAGGCGCUCAAGGAGCACUUCCAGCAAGACAACCCGCAGGAAGAUGUUGCAGUGGACGAAGAUGAGACUGGCAUUGCUGCACAGGAUGAUAUCAACUCAACCCAGGAAGUCAACAAUUCAUCACAGGAAGUCAACAACUCAUCACAGGAUGAUGAGCCUUCCCUAAAACCUCCAACUCAGGAGUUUGUAACCAAACGUCGUGGUAGAGGGCGACCGAAGAAGAGGAAGGAGCCAGAAGAUGAGGAACCGGUGUGUGUCCCGAUGGUGCCACUCACCCCAGCAGAGAUGCUUGAGAAGCUGGCUGAACCCAGCAUCGGCAAAGGGAGUGCUAAGAGAAGGAGAGCGUCUGCCGCUAAGGAUUCUGGGGUGGCAGCACUAGUGGAGGAGUCACAGAAAACCAACGUUGAGACGCAGCCUGAACCUGGCCACAAAGAUGCAGUGACAUUUGAGAAAGGAGUGGGACAGAAGGUGGUGAAACCAGUAGGAAAGAUCCCUCGCCAUGAGGGGCUCCUGAAGAGGACUAAGUCUAUGCUGAAGCCUACUACACCAAACUUCAGAAAGCUCCAUGAGGCACAUUUCAAGAGGAUGGAGUCAAUUGAUUCAUACGUGGAAAGGAAGACCAAGCAAAUUGAUUUGUUCAGAAGUUCAGUGAAGGAACUGAAGGUUCUGUCAGAUAAGACUCUUUCUAAACCAACUGAAGGAAACCCUCCAGCAAUCUCGACCCCGAGGUGUGCCUCCCUGUUCAGCCCAGCAUCCCGGAGACCUGCCACAGACAAAUGCAGACAGAGCCGGGUCUCAGCCGGCAAAUCUGCUGCAGACAAACGUAGACUCUCGGCCAGCAAGCCAGCUACGGACAAAAGCAGACGGACCCGGGUCACAGCCACUAACUCCCCCCGGAAGGACACUGUUGUUCCAUUCAGACCAACAGUCCUGUCCACUUGCAGGAUCAAUGUUCGGUUCUCUCAGGCUACUCAGGAUAAUGAGCACAAGAGGUCCAUGGUGAAGACACCAGCACGAGCACGCAUGUCACCCCGUGUGGACCUCAUCACUCCUGGGAAAGAGACUAAAGUUGGCGGGAAACGUGAAGUCAACAAGACCUCUGUUCUCUCUAGCACCAAGACGCCAGGAACAGCAUUUGUGUUUAAUGCAAACGCCAGUGUUCUUUCUAACACUCCUGGAACCAACAAGAAGGCCAACUUUGAUCUGAAGGCCAGUCUCUCUAAACCUCUCACCUACAAGCCUCACAGGGGGAAGCUGAAGCCUUUUGGAGAGACCAAGGAGAACACAGCUGACCAGUCUCAGACUGUUCCUUCACACCAGAAGAACUACAAACAGCACCUGGUUCAGACAAGGGAGGAAAGGAGGACAAAACAGACUGAAGACAGGAAGCGGAAGAAAGAGGAGAUGCUUGGAGCCAGACGAGGCCUCGUCAUGACCUAAUUAUUCUGUACUUUUCACUCUUCUGUAAAGUUUAAAUCCUGUUUUUACCUCAUCUGUUCUCACUGCUUUACCUCAUCUGUCCUGUUCUUACUGCUUUACCUCAUCUGUUCUUACUGCUUUAUCUCAUCUGUCCUGUUCUCACUGCUUUACCUCAUCUGUCCUCUGCACUGUUCUUAGUUCCAACCUGUUAUGAUUGUUCGAUUUUACUCUGUAGUUCCUCAACAUUAAAAAAUAGUUAAGUGUU